GGGCGUGGGACGUCAAGGAUACUGUUCAACUCGCUCCAUUCUUCGGAACUGGCAGAUACGUCGUUAACUUGUUGAAUGCCUUGUACACGCUGUUCGACGCCAUCAUUUCCAACUAUGACGUCUACAAGGUUGAAACUAUUGGCGAUGCCUACAUGCUGGUCUCUGGCCUACCGCUCCGUAAUGGUAACCGUCAUGCCGGUAUGAUCACCUCCGGUGCAUGGCAUCUGCUGGAGGGCUUUAGUAGUUUCAUCGUGCCGCACAAACAAGAGGAGAAACUCAAACUCCGAAUCGGUAUUCACUCAGCGCUCAAGAUUCACGUGAGUCCUGAAUGCAGACAGGUACUGGAAGAACUUGGAGGAUACAAUCUAGUAGAGAGAGGACUCAUUGCCAUGAAGGUAUGGCAGUUAUUUUCAUUGCAUAGAUCCUUUCUUAGGGUCGUUCAAUUAGCUCACCCGGGUCGACUCAGGUUAGCCCCGUGUCGUUCGAUUAGCUCUGACGUCAUUCUCGGGGCUCACCCGGGUCAGCCACCACAGACCCUGCUCAUGGAGCGGAGUCACUGGUGGAAGUAUUUUGUUCAUUCCAAGAAAUGCACAAACAGGGUGGCCAGACAGCAAAAAGGAUCAAGUGGACCCAAAAAUCAACUUUAUUUGAAGCCUAAACAUAAUUAUUUAUUGAUCUCAUUGCGACUUUAG